GCUUGGCGCUGCGUGUAUCCGCCCAUAUUUAUGUAAAGAGCGACCUCCGUACAGACGAGUGCACGGAACAGGCCGAGGGAGAGAGAGAGAGAGCGCUGUAUUAUCCCCGGAAUGUCUCAAAUAUAGGCUGACCGUGCGGCAUCGGGCUGGUGCAGAUAUCACAGCGGUUCAUAUUGUGAAAAUGGCAGGAUCGAGUGUAAGGACAGGACUAUAGGCUCAUCUUAACUUUACUCGCCUUUUUCCUGGCUCGGACGCGGAACUUGCAGCGCCAAAGGUGAAGAAUGACGGAAUAUAAACUGGUGGUGGUCGGAGCUGGAGGCGUUGGAAAAAGCGCUCUCACCAUCCAGCUCAUCCAGAACCACUUUGUAGAUGAAUAUGACCCUACUAUCGAGGACUCGUACAGGAAGCAGGUGGUGAUUGAUGGGGAGACGUGUCUGUUGGACAUCCUAGACACAGCAGGUCAGGAGGAGUACAGCGCCAUGAGAGACCAGUACAUGAGGACUGGGGAGGGCUUCCUCUGUGUUUUUGCCAUUAAUAACACCAAGUCUUUUGAGGACAUUCACCACUACAGAGAGCAGAUUAAGAGAGUGAAAGACUCCGAGGAUGUCCCCAUGGUGCUGGUGGGAAACAAGUGUGACCUGCCAUGCCGCACAGUGGAUACCAAGCAGGCUCAGGAUUUAGCACGUAGCUACGGAAUUCCUUUCAUCGAGACCUCAGCAAAAACGAGACAGGGGGUUGAUGAUGCCUUUUAUACUUUAGUCCGGGAAAUCCGAAAGCACAAGGAGAAGAUGAGCAAGGAGGGCAAGAAGAAAAAGAAGAAGUCCAAGACAAAGUGUAUACUAAUGUGAAUAAUGCCUCGAUUUCAGUAUCGACUCUGAACAGCUGAAAUAUUAAAGAACUGCAUUUUGUACAUUACACUAAAUUAUUAGCCUCUUCAGAGUACAGAAUGGAUCCCUAUUUUCCUUCAUUUGCUAUCUUAAUCAAUUAAGCUCUUCCUUGUUUAGUGCCAGAUGCCCCAAUGUGUUGGUCCUGAAUUACUUUAAUGUUGAAUUGUAGCCGAUAAUGAAAUUGCAUCGCCAUUAGAUUGAUUGAUUGAUUGAUUAUUCUCUGGGUGUUUUCCGCCAGUAUUCACCUAGAGCUCGUCAUUUAGCAGAUGGAAAGAGAAUAGAGGCAACUCGCAUUCUGUGUUUCAGAAUCUUAAGGAUUAAUGUUUUAACAUGAGUUAAGACUGGAUCUGUGGAGGAGUGUUUUGUGCAGUACAAAUUAAAGGACAUCCAGCUGAAUAUUGCAGUUUGCCACACGAUACUAAUAGCACAGUGAACUUUGCAUAUAAAGUAAGUUCCUGUUCCAUAUUCAACUUUUACUUAAUAUUGUACAGAAUUGACCCCAUAAUUCGUAAAUCUGAUUUGGUUAUACAAUGUAAUGAACAGUAUAUAUCCUUAUAUAAUAUCCUUAUGUAGGACCAACACUAUUUGGGGUAAUAUUUUGAUAUCUCCACCACUGUGUAACAGAUGGUUUAUCUGUUUGGGAUGUCAGAUUUAUAUUAACCUGCAUGUGAACGUCCAUUGUAGUCCAGUUUUAAGCCUUUGAUAGUGUGUGUGGAUGGUAAUCUCUUAACCCUGAUCAACGUUUUCAUUUGCAUGCUGUUCUUUGUUGUAAUUUCAUGAGAAAGGCGAUGAAAGCUUCAAAUAGUGCGUGAUAACUGGCCCAGGUUUCCAGGUGGGAAAUUCUUACCCAAAUGAGUGUUUUAUUUCUGGAGAUGUGUUUGUUUCACAGUGUUCGGUUUAAUUUAAUGAUUGUCCACAUUGAAUUAGCUUAGAGAUGAAUGGUAAUAGGUGGAAUUAAAGACUAAAUGCUACAGUAGAGUAAAAAUCAAUUUAGUUUUCCCAGAUUUCUUCUUAUGCGGUUUGCAUUUAUUGAAUUUGUGAGAAGGUGUAAUGUUUAAACUUCCAGCAGAGGCUUUUUAAGGAUAAGUCUCUUCUGCACUACAUGAUGUCCUUGCACCCAGCCAAAUGCCUUUUUAUGAAAAUGUAACCAACCACUAAUAAUGUUCAAUAUUAUUAUUGAAUAAUUAUUUAUCUACUGAUCAGAGAAAAACAAGGCCAACAAAUGACUUGUGUCUCAAAUAGCUGCAUGAAUGGCUUUGCAGGGAGACACAAGUGACAACCCAAGCUGCUCCGUUUCUGUAUCAGCUGCUUGAACGAAUCUAACACUUCUACACAUCUGCCUUUUCUUGCUAAUUUAAACCCAAAAGGCUGAUAUAAAAAUGAAGGGCAAUGCAGAAAAUAAAAAGUCAUUACAAAGAGCUGUUAAAAACAAUGUUGCCUUUUUGUAUUCCUCUUUCCCCCCUUGUAUUACAGCUCAUUAAUCAGUGCUUUUUUUUUCGUUUAUUCCCAUUAUAUUACAUGAAACAGAUGGCCUGAUCUAUUACUAAUGCUGCAUCUUCAAAGAGGCAAACACACACAAUAAACAAACAAAAUCAGGAUAACUGUUAUUAUGCAAUGUUAAUCCAGGUAAAGGCUGUUUAAGCUGUUUCGUUACCUCUGUCCCGUUAAGAUAUGGUAACUUGAUUACAUGUUAUAUUCAAAUUAGCACUCUUUUUUUUUUUAAUCUCUCCCUAUCUGACUCUUAUCACCUCUUUCUUUUCUGUUUGUGGUGUGCCAAUGGAGAAAGUUCUUAAAAUACUUCAUGUAUACCUGGAGUGUAUUUUAACAACCUUUGUACAGUUGUGAUACAGACAGAUGCAUAUUUUGUAAAUUGUGCUUUAGGUGUUUUUUUUUCCUUUUUUUGUUAAUAAAUGUCACUUUAAUAGAGCUGAAA